AUGGCGCCCGGACUCGUCGAAACCAACUACCCGCCCACCACCACAUCCACAUCCACAUUCCUCCCCACACCAAAGUCUAGUAAUGCCCACAGCUACGUCCCUGGUCGUACCACUGUCAAGAAGCAUGCUGUACCUUACAAAUACGAAGAUCUUCGGCCACACUUCCCCAACAUCACAUGGCCAGCUUACACUGAGAUCCCCUACGCCGACAAAGGCCAACUAGGCGACCCCAACUUCAAGAACCUCCUCGCAACUGCCACAGAUGUCUUCGACUACAAUCCAAAGAUUGGUACUGAAGUACACGGUGUUGAUCUAGCAAACCUUACAGAUGCUCAGAAGAACGACCUUGCUCGACUGAUUGCCACACGUGGGGUUGUGUUCUUCCGAAACCAGAAGAACUUUAGCAUCGAUGAGCAAAGGGAGCUUAGCAAGUACUUUGGUGAGCUUCACAGGCAUGCUACAACUGGUGUGCCAAAGCGUGAAGGUUUGGAGGAUGUUCAUGUUAUCUACACCGGCGAGGAUAGCCCAGACCUGAGGGCGUUGUUCACCCCUUCGUUCCUAUGGCACUCCGAUGUAACAUAUGAACUCCAACCUCCUUCCUACACCUCCCUCAAAGUCCUCACCGGCCCGCCUCGCGGUGGCGGCGGAGAUACUCUCUGGUCUUCACAAUACGCAGCAUACGACAUGCUAUCACCACACAUGCAAAAGUACCUUGAAGGCCUCACCGCCCUACACUCCGCUGAGCUCCAAGCCCAAGGCUCACGGGACCUUGGACGAACAGUACGCCGGGAGCCUGUUACCACUGAACACCCACUCAUCCGAACGAACCCUGUCACUGGCUGGAAGAGCAUCUUCUUUAAUCCUGGCUUCGUGACGAAGAUCGUCGGUGUACCGAAGACGGAGUCAGACCACAUCAUCAGUUUCUUGACUGAGAUUGUGGCAACUAGUCCAGAGGUACAUGCCAGGUUCCAGUGGAACGAGGGUGAUGUAGCUUUCUGGGAUAACAGGGUCACGAACCACUCUGCUACUUAUGGUUUUGCACCCCAUCGCCGGCACGCUGUGCGGGUCACUGUCCGUGCUGAGCGGCCGUACCUUGACCCAAAGAGCCGGUCGCAAGAGGAAGAGUUGAGUGAGAAGUAUGGAGUGCCCAAGGCAAAUAAGGAUGGAAGUGGUGUGGUGAACUACAAUGAUUGA